AUGGCAUCGUUUACAGCAUCACCAACCAAAACCCCUACUGCCACUACCUCCACCGGUGGAAGGAGCUUCUCUUCCUCAUUCACCUACUCUUCUUCCUUCUCUUUUAAAUCAUCUCAAGUUCCAAUAGCCAGAAUCUCCAACCAUCGCCAUGCAGUUUCAUGCAAAACCAUAGAUGAUGACAACCACCAUGCAAACUCCAGCAAACUUGAUAGGAGAAACAUCCUCUUAGGGAUCGGAGGUCUGUACAGCGCCACCACCACUUUUGGAUCUAAUUCAUUGGCCUUUGCUGAUCCAGUCAUGGCACCCGACGUCACAAAAUGUGGUCCAGCUGAAUUACCUAAAGGGGUUGAACCCAUAAAUUGUUGCCCUCCAACCACCACAAAGAUUCUAGACUUCAAACCACCACCGUCUAAAACUCUCCGUGUCAGGCCGGCGGCACAUUUGGUCGUUGAUGAAGAUUACAUAGCUAAAUUCAAUAAAGCUAUUGAGCUCAUGAAAGCUCUCCCACAUGAUGAUCCACGUAAUUUCAUGCAACAAGCUAAUAUUCAUUGUGCGUAUUGCGAUGGCUCGUAUAAACAAGUCGGUUUCCCAAAUCUGGAACAUCAAGUACAUACCUCAUGGCUAUUCUUUCCUUACCAUCGCUAUUACGUAUACUUUUUCGAGAAAAUUUGUGGAAAAUUAAUUGAUGACCCAAAUUUCGCUAUUCCAUUUUGGAACUGGGAUGCACCAGAUGGUAUGCAAAUCCCUGAUAUUUUCACAAAUAAGAAUUCUCAAUUAUACGAUCCUCUUCGCGAUAAGGAUCAUCAACCACCGUCUGUGGUUGAUCUUGACUUCAAUCGUGUCGACAAAAAUCUGAGUCGCUCUGAGCUAACGUCCAGAAAUCUUAGAGUUAUGUAUAGACAAAUGGUGUCUAGUGCAAAGACUGCUAGUCUUUUCAUGGGUAGACCUUAUCGUGCAGGUGAUGAGCCUAACCCUGGUUCUGGCUCGAUCGAGGUCACACCACAUUCUCCGGUUCAUAACUGGACCGGAGAUCGGAAACAAAAAUAUUGCGAAGACAUGGGUACCUUUUAUUCUGCAGCUAGAGAUCCUAUUUUCUAUGCACAUCAUGGGAAUAUCGAUAGAAUGUGGUCAAUUUGGAAAAGUCUAGGUGGAAAGGAUUUUACAGAUAAAGACUGGCUUGAUUCAUCGUUCGUGUUCUAUGAUGAGAAUGCUGACUUAGUUCGAGCCAAAGUGAGGGAUUGUUGUGACUCUAAGAAUCUUGGUUAUGUUUAUCAAGAGGUGGAUAUACCAUGGAUAAACUGCAAACCUGAUCGACCACCGAAAAGGGCUCCUGUAUCCUACGACCACAUACCAUUUGCCAAAUUUGCUUUUCCAAGGAAUCUUGAUAAGGUGAUAAAAGUGCUGGUUCAAAGGCCGAAGAAAUUGAGAAGCAAGAAAGAGAAAGAGGAAGAAGAAGAGAUUUUGGUGAUUGAAGGGAUUGAAGUGAAGACGGAUGAGUUUGUGAAGUUUGAUGUUUUAAUUAACAAUGAAGAUGAUGGGAUUUGGGCCACAGCGGAUCAAAUGGAGUUCGCCGGAAGUUUUGUGACUGUCCCUCAUAGCAAUGAACAUGGAACGAACAUGAAGACAAGGUUGAGGUUAGGGAUAAGUGAGCUUUUGGAGUAUUUGAGGGCUGAUGAUGAUGAAAAGGUGUUGGUGACAUUGGUGCCCAAAACUAAAGGCAGUGGAAUUUCCAUUCAAGAGAUAAAAAUCGAGCAUGAAGAUCGAUAA